AUGACAAUUGUUUCAAUGGUUCCCAAGUAUAACAAAUCUAUCACCAUCGAAAACAAUGAUGCAUACGACAACUGUGUUACCUACGACAACCAUAAGACCUACGACAACCAUGUUGCCUAUGACAACCAUGUUGCCUACGACAACCAUGUUGCCUACGACAACGAUGUUGCCUACGACAACGAUGUUGCCUGA